CAGGGUUUAGCGUCACCGCCAGCGCAGUAAGCAAGUGACCAUGGGUUCGAGCCACGUCAAGCCCCAUGAGGGCAUGCAAUGGCUGGCCAUGUCCUUCCUCGUGAUCCUCUUCCUCGACAGCCUCGCCGAGGUCUCGUUCCUCCAGAAGGUCGUCCUCGUCGUGUGGUGCUUCCUUGGCAAGGUCUAUCUCCACGACCUCCACGCGGUUGAAGUGCUCUCGUCGCCAUCCCACUUUGCACCAAGCCUUCGCCGCGUGCACACGCCGUCGCGCCGAAGCAAGUCGAUCGACAUCAAGCCAUCCAACCCGCAGGAGGCUGUGACGCCCGUCCCGUCGCCCAAGACUGUCCACCGACGUGCGAGUGACUUGGCGCUCGAGAAGCCCUCGCUGCGCACGACGUCGAUGGCCUCGAACGCGUCCACUGUCUGCGACUCGGCACCGCCGUCGCCAACGUCCAGCACAGCAUCCACAGACGAUACGAUGAGCCCGGAUGGCUUGUCGCUGUCGGAGGUCGAGCGCGUCCGGGCGUUCCGCAAGAUGCUGCAGUCGACCGAGGAGGCCGAGUUCCUCUUGAAGGACGACUACCUUCACAGUGUCAUUAGCGUUCCGAACCGGUCGAUCGAAUAUGCAGCCGAAAAGCUCAACCGCGUCCUCAACUGGCGCACCGAGUACCGGGCAGGUGCCAUCUCGCCGGACGAGGUCGCGCCGCAGCUGCGCAGUGGCUCGAUGUACUGGUUUGGCUACGACUUGAGGCGCCGGCCAAUUCUUUGGCUCCGACCCAAGAAGAAGGAUUGGAGCACGAUGGACAAGGACCUCGAAGUGCGUACGCACGUCUUCAUGCUCGAGCUCGGCAUCCGCGAGCUCAUGCCACCGGGUGUCUCGACCUUCACCUUGGUCACUGACUGCGCCAACGUCGGGUACCGCGAGGUCGACAUGCGCCUCACGAAAGCCAUGAUCGAGGUCUGCCAAGGCAACUACCCCGACCGCAUCGACAACAUUUGCGUCGGGCCGCUUACACUGCUUGUCAAGACGCUCACCAAGAUCAUCUCGCCGCUACUGCCCACGCGGCUCCGGGAGAAGGCGCAUUUUAUGGACGCGCCGAGCGUCGAUCUGCUCAAGGUCAUGCCGCCGUCUGUGAUUCCAACCUUCUUCGGUGGCUCGGCCGAGCACACGCUCCAUCCGUCGGGCGACGGCUACGACUUUGACUACAUGCUCGCCGCCCAGCGCCAGCGACUGGAGGCGCUGCGGAUAGACCCGGCUGCGUAGCGCGCGCCCCUAUUUUAUGACGUAGCAAGAAUACAAAGCAUCUUCAUCUCGA